UCUUUCAGCACCAUCCCUCUUCUGGCACCAGCUGAGUGAGGGUGACGGCUCCUACCACAUCACGGAGCCAUGCACCUACCCAGUGCUCCUUUGUGCAGGGAGGUAGUUAGCCUAACGGGGCCAUGAGGAACAGACCCAUGUGCUGCUGGUCAGAAGUGAGCCAGCACUGACCUUCAGCCCCUUUGUGCUGGCCCAGCUAUGGAGCCUAUGGGCAAUUAUGGCCUCAUUAGUGCCACUGGCCACCGUGCCCAGCCGUGAGCACCUGCACAAUGGGAGCUGCUAAUGAAGGGAAAGGCCUGACUGGUCUCCCAGCUACCGGCCACGGUGCUCGUGUCUCCCAGAGACCGGCUGCUCCCGCCUGGCCCUGAUGGUAUUUUUGGCAGCGCUAUUGUGCCAGGCCCUAUAAAGCAUCAGCUGCAGCACAGGGCACUGUGCUCUUGGCUGCCUGGCAGGACAUGCCCCAGCACCACUCGACCACCUGAAGACCCCAGAAAAGAUGGAGGUGCCCAAUGCCAAGCUCCAGCGAGCCACCUUCCUCCUGCUCCUGCUCCUGCUCUGCUCCCUGGCUGCUGCCCGGCAGAGCCUGCCCGAGUGCUGCCUGCAGAAGACCUGCUCCUGCCGUGUCUAUGACCUCCUGCACGGCAUGGGCAACCAUGCUGCCGGCAUCCUCACUCUAGGCAAGAGGAAGAGCAUCCCACCAGCCUUCCAGAGCCGGCUCUACCGCCUGCUGCACAGCUCUGGCAACCACGCUGCGGGCAUCCUCACCAUGGGCAAGCGCACGGAGCGCCCCGGCACCGCCUGCCACAAGGCGUCGGGCUGCCCCGCGGGUGUAGAUGCCCAGCCAACACCUACACUGUGGGGCACUGACACCAGCUCUGCCAGCCCCAGGGAGUGCCAGGGACACUUGGGGAAGGACCUGACCAAGAGCCAGGGAGCUGCGAAGAGCUUUUACUGAGAGGGGUGGGGGCAGUGGGGAGUAGUGAUCACUGGGGGAACAGAGCCCAGGGCCACACGCCUGGAGCUCGCUGUAAAUAGCACUUUUACAUACCUCCUCCUGGCCCCAGCCGAGCCUGCUCGGGGCACCGCAGGCACUGCUGGCCUUUUACAAUAAA